UUUCUUGAAAAUUGGAAAAUUUGAGUGGAAGAGCGGCAGUUCGAAACGAGUCGUCACCGCGAGAAGAUGUAGUCAUAGAACAAGUAUCUGCCUAUAAAUUUGGCAUUGGCCUAUUUAGAUGGAAAAUAUCCCUAUUUUUAUUUUUAUGAAUUAAAGCAUGUAGUAUGAAAAAUAUUAGGUACCGUAGUUAAAAUGCAAACGUGAGUGAUUGUGAGUGCCGAUUUAUUUGUUAAAUUUUCGACUGCAUGGGGUGACUCUCUACUUAGUAUUGACGCCCCACGUAACUGAUUCUACACUCUGCCGGAUUUUAGUUUCUCACUCAACUUCAUGAUAAGACGGAUAAGUGAUACCAGCUCCAGCGAAGUCAAUCUAUUGCUUGUCUGACUGUGGGGAUGCCGUUGAUAGUGGGUGUGGGAGGCGGCAGUGGAAGCGGCGUGAACGGGAACGGAGGCGGCGAGUGGACCGGAGACGACCAAUCAGCUGCCGACUCAGAGGACGAGGAGCUGCUGUCGGACGAAGUGUCGGACUCCGACGAGGCCGGAUCCGGCGGAGUCGGACGUGUCGGACAGCAGUCGGGGUCCGUGCGGCCAGGGGUGCUGAGGAAGGUGUUCACCAACAGCCGGGAACGCUGGCGUCAGCAGAAUGUCAGCGGCGCGUUCGGCGAACUCAGGAAGCUCGUACCCACUCAUCCACCCGAUAAAAAACUCUCCAAGAACGAGAUACUGAGGAUGGCCAUCAGAUACAUACGACUCCUAACAGGGGUUUUAGAAUGGCAGCAACAUCAGUACAUACAAAACGCCAACAAUAACAAUAAUGUAACAACGGAAAACAAUAAUAACAUAACUAGCAAUAAUAAUCACUACGGUCAUGGAGAUUUCAACAGACGAUCAAAUCCUUACAGAAGAAACCAUAUUGCAAACCAUCGCACUUCACCUUACAACCACAAGGGACACCCAUCCAGUCCACAGCAGGCGACAAAAUCGGAAGAAAGCACACACUCUCACAAUACACUCUCCACAUCGACAGGGGUGCAGACGCUGAAGGUGGGGGACUUGCCUCGGGUGAAAAUUGAAGAGGGCGGAUCCAAUUCCUCCCCCGACCAGCCGCAGUCCCUAACCAGCGCUAGGCUUCUAUCAACCGCCUCCGAUCUCAGGAUCACAAAGGAUUUCAAGCAUGGUAAACUAUAAAAAAAUAACACUGAUAGUAUUGUGAUUAAGUGCAGCUGGGGUUCCAAUAAUAAGCGAUUAUGAGAAAUUUAUUACAGCUAGGGUUCCAAUAUCCACCGAUUAUGAGGAAAAAAUAUUGAAUGUUCAGUAUUAUUGACUAAACAUGAGUUUUAUUCACUACGUGUGUAUUCACAUUAUUGUCGUUAUUUCAGAGUGUUAGCUGUUACUUUUAUUAUUUGUAGCUACUCACCCCAUUUCGACUUCUAUGUGUAAUAUUUUUAGAAACGUAGGUUAUAAUAGACAUAUUUUAUCGUGUUCUUCGAAAUAUAAUAUCGAGAAGGAGUUGGGAAACUCCUGUCAGUGACGAAAUAUUAUCAUAUAUAUUAUAUAUAUGUAACCUACAAUGUAAUAUCUAAGGAUAUUUCCCCAUUGGGAGAAUGGAGGCUCAAAUCCAUUAAAUUUUCAAAUUGGAAAGUUUGAUGGCAUUGGACAUUCAAUGAUAUGAUCCAUACAAUAAAUAUGUCGAAAGAUCUCCCACUUCUCAGAUCUACUGAGCAUCCCUGUGUUACUUGCAAAAUUGAAAAGGACAAAUAUUUGAAAUUCAAGAAUCAAUCUCUCUUCUGCAACAAAAAUAACUAAAAAUCACCUUUCAAUUUUCCUCGCAGACCUUAACGUGAUUCACGGAUGCCCUCCCAAUACUGAAUAAGCUUACACCACUACUUUCUUACUUAUUACUAAUUCUAGUGACCAAUUAAGAAAUAUUCAUCUGUGUCUAUGUAUAUCGAAGUAAUCUUGAUGUUAUAUUAUUUAGUUGUUAAUAAUAGUUGUUGACUAGCUUCCUAUAGUAUUAUACAGUUUUUUGUGAAUAUAUAGAUAUUGUCUGACUCUUUUCCCUGAUCAAACAAAUAACCUUGCAUGUAUGUCUCUAAAAAUUUCUCCAAAUUGUGUUACCCUUGCAUUUUAUUAAUUGUUAUUAAAAAUGAAAUAAAGAAAUAACUUGUUCGAGAAGAA